CCUCGACGCCUGUCCGCCUCCCACCACAACAUUCAGCUAGGAUAGGACGGUGUUAUUUUGGGAAAAUACACCCCUCCAGCUACCAAUUGACUAGGAUUUGUCGAAUCAAUCACCAUGGACAUGCGCGCCCUAUCCCGCAGCCUCCUCCGGGCGAAGCCAACCACGACCCUCUACAAGAGCUGCCAGCAGCAACAGCAUCUCCUCCCAGCACGAAUUGGCCUGCGCUUCUCUUCUGACGCCUCCUCCUCCUCUUCCUCUUCCUCCUCUUCUUCUUCCACCCCAUCCAACAAGAACAACACAACCACACAACCCCCGACCCGCCAAACACAACAACCCUCCUCAUCCCCAUCAACGUCCCAGAAACCCACCGACUUCGACCAAAUCCUCAACAAGCUCAACUUCAACAACACCACCACCACCACUCCCACACCCGGCAGCAAUGCGGCAGUUACACCCGGCAGCACCACCCGCGCCUUCAACGACAGCCUCUCCCUCUCACGCGCGGUAGGCCUCUCCGCCGAGACGGACGGCCUGCGGACGGCUACAUCCCUGCGCAAGAUCGAUCUGAAGCUGGGCCCGACGCUGGGAAGACAGGUGACGGUUGAGCCGGAGCGCGGGAUGGAUUUGCCGGCGGCGUUGAGGUCGCUGAGCACGGUGAUCAGUCAGAAUAAGAUGAAGCAGUCGUUGAAUAAGCAGAAGUACCAUGUGCGGAAGGGUAUGGUGAGGAAGCAGCUCAGGAUGCAGAGGUGGAGGAAGUUGUUCAAGUUUUCGUUUCAGGCGACUGUUAAGAGAAUUCAGAAGAUUAGAGGGCAGGGGUGGUGAUGCAGUGAUUUUCUUUUGGUUACCCAAUUGGGGGGGGUUGUUGUGUAUAGAGAGGUAUGUAUGUGUAUGAUGGGGUGAGUGGGUAAAAGGGUUAUUAUUUUGUGUGUACUAUAUUGUUGUUAGUGUUGUUAUUUUUCGUUGUGUUUUGUUUUGUUUUGUUUUUGUUCUGCUAUGUCUGUGGAAUUUACACAUGAGAUACUAUAACUGGUAGUAUAUCUUGCAUCUGUUUGUAUCUCCAGCUAUCAUCAUCCGCAUCAAUCAUACAUUCAAUCAGUCAAUAUACACAUCAAUCCCUCUUCCCACUCAUAUACCCUCCAUACCCAUACCCUCCAUACCCAGCUCCUCCCCCUCCUACACUACCACCACCACCUACAGCAACAGUCGCAGGCGAAUACCCUCCAUAUCCAUUCAUCCUAACCCCAUUCCCAUUCCCACCAAACCCCUUCCUCCCAGCACCGCCAGUAACCCCCAAAAUACCCUCCCCCCUCCCCCGUCCCC